AUCCGAAUCUUUUUUUAUUUAAAAUCUCGCUCGCUCGCUUGCUUUUGGUUUGUGUACUCGUAUUGGUUUUGGAUUUGGUUCAGGGUUUUAUUUGAGUAUUUUUGGGGUUGGGGAAAUGAGGGGAAUUGAAGGUUUGAAUGGUGUGGUGGUGUUGAGGUCAGGCAUGAAUAGUCCAAGGUUGACUGAGUCUGAGUUUGGUGGUAGGCUGUUAGCGUCGUUGGGGGUACAAAUGGUGACAAAUGGCUUAGUUUCUAAUCUCGUGCGGUUUCGUGGAGACUAAGCAGAGAGAAUUUGAGUAGAUUUCCGAUUUGGAAGUUUGGAGUUUCAGAAAUCUAGCAAAUUUGUUAGUUUUUAAAUUCAAGUGCAGCAAAGAAGGAAGCAAUCCAGCUAUUCAAUUUGUGAGGACUUGAGCAGUUGGAUGAUUUGAUGCUUGGUUGUGGUGAAGAUGGCGGAGAUGAUAACUAUGAGCUUGGCUAAAGUUGACUGGAUUUGAUGAUCUGAUUUUUAGAAAGAAUCAUCGGAUUGUAAUUUCUGUGAAUGAAUGCGCCUUUUUAUGCAUUUUGUAUAGAUGGGAUGAAGGACUGACUGUUUGGAUUUUGGACCAAGAUGGCUAUUGCUGGUCUACAAAAUGUUUCUGUGCUCGAGUCUUCUUUCCUUAGAAGCUCUCAAUCUGGUGCAUCUAGAAGGGUAGACAAUGAAGGGAGGGCACACUCCCGGGCUUCCUCUCUGCUACAAAUGUGGCGAGAGCUUGAGGAUGAGCAUAUGGUGACUCGUCCCCUCGAGAGAGUUGGUGAAAGGUUGUUCCAACAAAGGAGUGAUGGAGUUGGUAGCGAGAAUACAGGUGACCUGGAUGAUGCGAGUGUGGGUGAGAGUGAGUGCAGAACAUGGUCCCAAGGUCAAAUUGGCUCAUCCCUUGAACAUGAUGAAUAUAGCAAUUUUAGCAGUGAGCAGUCUUCUGAUUUUGGGGAGGGUGAAAGGGGGAGGGUGAGACAAAUUUUUCAGGAAUGGAUGAACUGUGGUGCGAGUGAAUGUGCAUCAAAUGUUUCUCAUAUGAAUAACACUUCAAGGGCAGAGUUGCUUGGUGAAACUGAACAGGAGAGAGUGAGAAUUAUAAGGGAGUGGGUACGAAUGAACAGCCAGCAAAGAGUUGCUUCUGGUGACAAUGGAGAAGAACAACCUGCUGAGUUUGGUAAUCAAAUUGCACGAGUUCGUGAUGGAUUGGUUGUUAACCAAAGUGGAGGCCGGUCUGAGCAUAACCGGAGGGGAAUUCGUAAAUUAUGUGGGAGACAAGCUCUACUGGAUAUGUUAAAGAAGGCUGAGAGGGAAAGGCAUAUAGAACUUCAAGUCUUGUCGGAGCACCAGCCCGUAACACGCUUUGCUCACCGCAACCGCAUUCAGUCAUUGCUUCGAGGAAGAUUUUUACGAAAUGGUAGAGCCAUUGAGAACGAGAGACCCAUUUCGAUGGCUGAAACUGAAUUGGGCUUAUUGAGGCAAAGACAUACAGUCUCUGGUCUGAGGGAUGGUUUUGACUCCAAAUUGGAUAGUCCUGUUGGUGGUCAAGUAGGCAGCUGCCAUUCUGAGUCAUCUUCAAGCAAUUCUAAUGGUAUCAGAAGUGGCCAUACUCAACCGAACAAUUCACAUGAAGUCGUUAGUGGUUCUUUUGAGCAGUCUGAGGCUAAUGAUGUUGCAAGUAAUGACCGAGGACACAAUAGUUGUGGAACAUCAGCGGCUAGGGCUGAUUUAGGUGGAAACACCAUUCAGGAUAUAGAUUCACAUGAAUCUAAUGCUCCCAUAGAACAUGGGCAAGAAGAGAUUCCUGAUAAUGUUGUAAGUGGCUGGCAAUGCUCAUCCUCUAUUGAGAUUGUUGAAAGUAGAGAUGGUGCUUGUCAAAACAUGAUUGGGAACUUACUUACAACCACUGCUGUUGAGCAGUCCCAAGAAACUUUGCACAAUGAUGCUAAUGACCACAGUAACAUUCAAGGAGCCAGUGAUUUAUCUAAUGAGCAAUCUGAGCUUGAUGGGGAUGAAAGUGUCAUCCACGAACUCAGUCAUGCAGAUGGCAAUAUGCUUGAGGAUGUAAAUUUUCAAGAGUCCAAUUCACAGCCACACCAAUGGCUGGAUCAAGUUUCAGAAAAUGAGGAAGGAGACCAGGUGCAAGCUGAUGAGUAUAAUAGUUUGAUAGAAAAUGUCGUUGAACAUACAGGUGAAGAUCAGCAGGAAACUGCUGGUUAUGAAUGGUCCCAGGAGUUGGUAGAGAACGAAGAUAGAGAAGAUGAUCAACUCCAAGAAGUCCCUGAAGUGUGGCACGAUGAAAGUGGUUUUCAAGAGGCUGUUCAAAGUUGGUUAGAAGGGCCAUCCAGCCAGGAUUCCGAUUCAGUCAGGCGGGCUGAUACCUUUUACUUUCCUGAUGAUGAUAAUGCUCAUAAUACAGAGCUAAGGGAACUUCUAAGCAGGAGAAGGGUCUCUAAUCUUCUGAGCAGUGGUUUCCGUCAGAACCUUGAUCAACUCAUACAGUCAUACGUGGAAAGGCAAGGUCAUGCCGCCAUUGACUGGGAUGAAGCAUCAGCUUAUCCUGAAUUGACUGAAGAUAUGGAGCAGACAUAUCAGAAUGAAGUUCAAGUGAAUGCUGUUGAGAGUCCUCACCUUGCUCUACCACCGCAGCCAAUACCUUCCUCUCCACUGUGGCACCAGGAGUCACCCCGUGAUAAUUGGCCACGACAUGACAUGCAUCAGCGCUUUGGAAUUGACUGGGAGAUGGUGAACGAUAUGAGGAUUGACAUGGCUAGGCUGCAACAGAGGAUGAACAACUUGCAAAGGAUGUUGGAGGCCUGCAUGGAUAUGCAACUCGAGUUGCAACGAUCGAUAAGACAAGAAGUUUCUGAUGCCUUGAAUCGGUCAGCCGGUUCACAAGGGGUGUGUGAAGAUGGUCUCCUAGAUGAUGGGUCUAAAUGGGAUAAUGUAAGGAAAGGAAUUUGCUGUAUAUGUUGUGUUAGCAGUAUUGAUUCUUUACUGUACAGAUGUGGUCACAUGUGCACAUGUUCAAAAUGCGCUACCAAAUUGGUUGAGAGUAGCGGAAAAUGUCCGAUGUGCAGAGCACCCGCAGUUGAGGUGAUCCGGGCUUAUUCUGUAUUAUAACUCGAAAAUAAAGUUAAAUUAACAAAGAUUGGCAUCACAAGGUUUUGCUUCAAGCCUCAUACUAGUGUAUCUUUCUUUCUUCUUUUUCUCUUUUCUCCCUUGAAGCCAUGAUGUCUUAUAUAUUCAGUGUAUGAUUGACAUUAUGUAACAAAACCGAUACUUUCAUUCAAUAUUUUUAUCUAAUAAAAUACUGAAUGGAAAAUUAAUAUUCUACAA